AUGGAAGUGGAAAAAACAACACAGAUUACCAAGAGAUUGUUUGCCACAACAUCUCCAACAACAUUCAAUGUGGUUGAAAGGAGAACUACUUGGUUAGAGUCUGAAGCUGUUCAUUCGUUCUGUGAGGAGAUGGAUGGUCAAUUCAACAUGGAUGGAAAUUUUGAUUUCACAAAAUAUGAUAUGAUAUUUUUCCCAAUCUUUUCAAAUAGACAGUACUUUUUGGUGUGCUUUUCCUUUAAGACUGGUAUUGCGGACGUGCUAGACAUUGUCGUGCCUGAGAACGGUAUUCCAGAUGCGAGCAAAUAUGCGACAGACCUGGGUCUACUUCGGAAUUUUCUUGGCUACUAUCUCGAGUCAAAAGGACUGAACGCAAUGUGUGAGGUAAUAAUGAAAGAGCAGAGAACCCGACUGCUGGACUUGCCCUGGAAGACACCCCAGGCCACUAAUGACUCGGCAGUAUUCCUGAUGAGGCACAUGGAGUCCUACAAAGGUAACCCUGACAAUUUAAAGGCUAUUGGUCUUCAUGGUGCUAGUGUGAGGAUUCUGCAGAUUUUGAGGGGGAGGUAUUGCAAGAACAUGCUCCUUGCACCGUUCAACAGUGCCAAAGAAAGGUUCUUGUCAUACAUGAGUCAUUUCAUCAACGUGACGCCCACUUUCAGAACAGAUUUUGCUAGGCAAGUGAAUGGAAUGUUGAACAAGGCUCCCAGUAACGAGCAAUGCAAUCAGCCUGCCAGGAAGAGAAGCAAGAUGAAAUGA